AUGAAAACUAUUACAUUUAAAUUUGAUUGGUCUAUUUACAAUAUUAAAAAGAUUAAAGACGCUUUAUCUUUCAGCACACAUCUACAUUUGACAAGUGAACGAUUUUCCAGUUAUGAAUUUCCUACUCUGGGAUGGGAGUUACAUCUGGUCCUAGGAUUUGACGAAGCUGUUUGGCUUCGUCAAAUAGGACCGGAUAAUACAAAUACUUUUGUGAAUACAAAAUAUAAAAUUUAUGCAGGGAAAUUUCCAGCAUACACAGUGAUCGCCAAAUCCACAUACAAAUUGGAGAAGAAUGAUAAGAUGGGAUAUUCUAAUAUUUUAUUAGAAGAUUUAACUCUAGAUGAUGGUUCUUUACAUUUUCAUUGUGAAGUCGAGUUUGACUGUUACAAUUUAACUCUUGAUUUGCAAAAGAAUUAUCGUAAAAUUUUUGAAAAUGAAACAUUGAGUGAUUUUGUUAUUAAGGGUGAGUUGAUAAUUUCUGAUUCUUCUCCUAUAUAUGUUCGUGCAAUGUUGGAAUUUUUUUAUACUGGAGAUAUUAAAACCCUAUGGGAAAGUCAUGUUGAAGGUAUUUUUGCUCUUGCACAUAAAUAUGAAGUGGAGAAAUUGAAAUACAAAUGUGAGCUUUUUAUGGCUUCACAAUUAGGUAUGGAUGAUUUUCACUAA